CAAAUAUUAACAGUUUCGUGAUAACAUAGCAAACUCCGCUGCAGGUAAGUCACGUUAGAUCGGCCAUUGUUCUGAUCAUCAUACACACAUUUUGGUGUAUCAUUAUUCCGACUGUACGAAUUACCUGUAUAUUUGGACAAUCAUUAUACAAAAGGAAUAACCGAAGUUGCAAAAUAAACGCAUCUUAUUAGCAACAUGGCAUCAAACGGAGGAAUGACCGUUAGAAAGUUCAAUGCUCUUAAAACAGACGUAGCUCGUUGUUAUGACGACAACAAAUGUCUUAGUAUGUUGAAAGUAUUGUUUAGAGAUAAAGUAGCUGAUCAAACACUAGCAGAAAUAACUUGCGUGAUGGACUUGCUGAAUGAUUUGAGUGCGCGUGGUCAUUUUGGUCCAGAUGAUCUUACUCUCCUGCAUGAUACCAUCAGCAUAACUAAACAUUUUGCUCUAGGGAAGGAGCUCAAGAAUAAAUUUCCAUCUUUUCCUGAUGUUAAGGAAGGAAACAUUUCAACAAAAUUCGAACUUCACAGACAAAAGCUAAUGAAACUUGGGAUGACACUAAUUUUAGCCGAUGUGACCAAAAUAGAUGGGUUGUAUAACGAACCUCUUAAGAGGUAUCCAGACAGUUGGAGUAUGAUCAUUGAUCUAGAAGACAAUUUAGAAAUCGUCAAAGGAAAAAUGGAUGAUUUUAUUGAAUCUUUGACAACACUUAAUCUCCGUCGGGCAUUAAAGGCACUAACGGAAGAUAUUGGAGAUACAUCGAUAGCUACGCUUCGUCCUUCCUCGACUACGGAUGCACCUGAUACUGAUAGAGCUAAUAAGGAUAUAUUACAGGAAGAGCCGUACAUUAUGCCAAAGCUCUCACAGGAAGACUUCAAUCAACUACUCGUAGACGUGUCAUCAUGGUGGAAAAAGUUGGGUAACAUCAGCAUUCUGAAAGUAAUACUUAGCGAAUUUAAGGACAUUCCAGUAGCACAGAUAGAGCAGAAGAAUCAACCAAAUGCUCUGUUUCGAUUGCUUUUGGGUCCUGGACAUAUCAGCCCAGCAGACAUUACUGUUCUUGUCGAGGCCGCUGUUUUGGGAGGACAGCGUGGCGUAGAGGAGAAAAUCAAGAAAACGAUACCAACAUUCCCAGGAUUAAGUAAAAUAGUAAUCUGUAGAUUCUCAAAACACCGACAAAAUUUGAUGAAAUUUGGUAAUGUUAUUGACACGGAUAACAUUGAAGCCAUAGGCGAUUUGUUUGAUCUUGACAAACAAACAGAUCAGUGGGGUCUGAUAUUUCAACUUGAAAAAAAUCUUAAACUCACUGACGACCCAACGAUAAAGGAAUCAUUCAUUAAAAAACUUAAAGACAAUGAUAUGAUAGGGGAAGCCAAGGCUUUAAACACCUUCUAAAGCUAUAUGUAAUAGAGAGGAGAAGCGUCCAUGUUUGUUAUUUGAAUUCUCUUUGUAUACAUUUAUAGGCCUAUAAUUCAAGUAACAAAAAAUGUUUAUAUCUGAUAAAAUUAUAAAUCUUAUGUUCCUAUUAGAGAACUAUUAUUUUUCAGCUAUUGUAUAUAAAUAAUAAUAAUAAUAAUAAUAAUAAUAAUAAUAAUAGUGAUAGUCAAAAGCUUAAAUCGUAAGUUCAUUUGUUUUCUGCUUUAUCCAGAGAUUUAAAGUUUUAAUUGAUAUUUAUUAUUGUCAACCUGGAUAGAUGAAUCUACAUCAGUCAAAUAAUAAUAAUAAUAAUAAUAAUAAUAAUAAUAAUAAUAAUAAUAAUAAUAAUAAUAAUAAUAACAAUAACAAUAACAAUAAUAAUAAUAAUAAUACAUUUUGUAAUCUGUAGGGUUUUUUUUUCUUGCAGAAUUAUGCUUGUGUGUUGUUUUAUAUUUACUUAAUAGAAUAUACUAAUUUUUGUAUAUAAUGGUCAUUGUUAAUAUAAAGUACGUAAACGCUUUUUGAGAGCUGUUUAGUUUAAUAUUGCAUUAACUGUGCAUUGUGCAGAUAUAAUAAUUAUGGUUUUGUAGUGGUCCAGUUUGAUGCCGUAAAACCACGAAUUGAAGCCCUGAUUUUUUUUAAUUUUUAUUUUAACAAAAUCUGGAUGGGCUAGUUUUUGAGAUGGGCUUCUUUUCGAGGUUACUUUUGCAAAGUAAAUAAGUAGGUGAAUUGUUUCAAAAUGACUGCUGUAAAUUUUUGGAAUUACUACUAUAAAACAAUAAAGUGGGAUUCUGUAGCAUCAA